AUGGCAAGUGACCAUGAAGCCUCUUCCUCAAAUUCUUCCAGCUCCAAUUCAACCCGAGGGACCUGCAAAUAUGACAUUUUCUUGAGUUUUAGGGGUGAAGAUACUCGUAAAGGCUUUACAAACUACUUGUAUCAUGCAUUAAAUAGGAGUGGAUUUAGAGUUUUUAGAGAUGAUGAAGAACUUGAAAGAGGAGAAGUUAUCUCACAGGAACUUCGACAAGCAAUUGAGGAAUCUCACUUUGCGGUUGUUGUUCUCUCCAAAACUUAUGCCUCUUCUUCAUGGUGUUUAAAUGAGCUCCAACACAUUCUUGUCUCAAGAAAUAAGCUAGGUCAAAUAGUUUUCCCCAUCUUUUAUCAUGUAGGUCCAUCUGAUGUAAGAAACCAACGAAAAGCCUUUGGUGAAUCUUUUGCCAAACUUGAACAGAAGUUCCAACAUGACCAACCAAAGCUGCAAAAACGGAGGGAUUCUCUAACAGAAAUGGCUAAUUUAUCUGGUUUUGAUUCCAGUCAAUAUAGGUACGAAACAGAACUCAUUGAGAAUGUGGUUGGACAUUUAUGGGACCAAUUUUGUUCUGAAUUGCCACCUGUCAGUGUAAGUGAUGCACUAGUUGGAAUUGAAUGGAGAGUAGACCAAAUCCUUUCAGUGUUAGAGAUAGGGUUGGAUGAUGUUCGGUUUAUAGGAAUAUGGGGAAUGGGAGGUGUGGGCAAGACCACUCUUGCUAGAGCUAUCUAUGAGAGGUUUCAUAGCCAAUUUGACUUGCAUUGCUUUCUUGCCAAUGUCAGGGAAGAUUCGGAAAGGAAUGGCCUUGCUCACUUGCAAAGUAAACUGCUUGCACGUCUCAAGAUAAGAAACAUGCAAAUUGAAGACAAGCAUGAAGGAAAGAAAACAAUAGGAUACCUUUUCCGCAAUAGAAAAGUUAUGCUUAUCCUUGAUGAUGUAAAUCUUAUAAGCCAAUUAGAGAGUUUAGCUGGAAGCCGGGAGUGGUUUGGUGAAGGGAGUAGAGUAAUCAUUACAACUAGGGAUGUUCACUUACUGAGAUCUCAUAAUGUGGAUGAAAUAUACGAGGUGAAACCAAUGAACCAUGAUGAGUCUCUCCAACUCUUCUGUCAAAAAGCAUUUAGAAGAGAUCCACCUACAAAGAGUUUAUUGGAAUUGUCAAAAUCAGUAAUUAAUUAUGCAAAUGGCCUUCCUUUAGCUGUCUGUGUCAUGAGCUCCUUCUUUUCAGGACGAAGGGAAAUUGAAUGGGAAGAUGCUUUGGAUUUGUUGAAAAAGGAUUCAAGUAAUAAUAUUUUUAAGAUACUUAGAUUAAGUUAUGAUGCAUUAAACCAUGUGGAAAGGACAAUAUUUUUAGAUAUUGCAUGUUUUUUCAAUAUGUGGGGCAAGGAUGAAGUAACAAAAAUAUUGGCAAGCUGUGGUUUUGAGGCAACAAUUGGUAUGAAAAGUCUUAUUGACAAAUCAUUGCUAGCUGAAAUUGAGGUUGGCAGUAUCAAGUACAUAGAGAUGCAUGGUCUGGUUCAAGAAAUGGGUAGGCUUAUUGUUUUUGAUGAAUCUCGUGAUGAUGUUGGAAGGCGCAGUAGAUUGUGGUUUUCUCAUGACAUUGAUCAAGUACUAAAUAGAAAUAUGGGAACUAAAGCAACGGAAGGUGUGGUUCUGCCCUUUACUUUUGCAAAAGAUGAAGCAAAUUGGAAUCCUGCAUCUUUCUUACGAAUGCGUCUGCUUCGAUUACUAAUCAUAUCAUGUAAUUUUAACCUUCCCCGUUGUCUUAUGGGCUUUCCAUGGGCAUUAAAAGUUCUUCACUGGUAUGGAUAUCCUCUAAGAGAUCUUCCCUUGAAUGUGAAACCUUAUGAACUUGUAUAUCUCAAGAUGCACAAUAGCAAACUAAAGCGACUUUCUCAGGGCACACAAUUUAUGGAGAAUCUAAAGAUUUUGGACUUGAGCCAUUCCAAGUACCUUAUUCAAAGUCCAGAAUUUUAUGGACUUCAAAAUUUAGAAAGAUUAGUUCUUGAAGGCUGCGCCAAACUUGCUAAUAUUCAUCCUUCACUUGGACAGCUCCACCAUCUUCUUGAAGUAAAUUUGAAAGGUUGCCUGAAUCUUAAAGUCCUUCCAAGACAAUUGGAAAUGGCAUGUUUAAAAGAGUUUGUUCUAGAAGAGACUGGCAUAGAAGAUGUUCCUGAGUCACUUGGAUCCUUAACUAGAGUUGAAGUUUUGAAUCUAAGAAAUUGCAGAAGUCUUAAAUUCCUUCCAAGAAAACUCGACAUGAACUCUUUGAAGGAAUUUGUUCUUUGUGGAUGCACAAAAAUUAGAGAUCUUCCAGAAUUCGGAGAAAAUAUGAAAAAUCUCAUUACACUUGAUGUGCAAGAGACAAGUAUAGCCAAACUUCCUGAAUCUCUUGGAUCAUUAACUAGUCUCCAAACUUUGAAUUCAAGGGGUUGCGAAAAUCUUGUUAGCCUUCCCCACAACAUUAAAAAAUUGAAGCACUUGAAAGUUCUCAAUAUUUCUGGUUGUUCAACUUUUUCUAAGCUUCCAGAUAAUCUCAAUGAAAAUGAAGCCUUGGAAAUGCUUGAUGCAAGCACAACUGUUAUAGCAGAAGUACCUUCUUCUAUUGGUGAUUUACAAGGACUCAAGAAACUGUCAUUUCAAGGAUGUUCUUCCCCUAUGGGCUUAAUGUUGCCCAAUUCUAUCUUCAACAUUAAGUCAUUGACAAAAUUGGAUUUAAGCUACUGCGAUAUAGAUGAUGGAAUCCUUCCCUAUGAUCUCGGUGGCCUAUCAUCAUUGAAAAAGUUAGAUCUGAGCGGAAACAUGGUUCUAAAUCUACCAGCUAGCUUCAUUUCUAAUCUUUUGGAUCUACGAUUUCUUUAUCUGAAUUCUUGCCCAAGGCUUCAAUUUUUGCCACAACCUUCACCAGGUUUAUAUCUAAUGGAUGCAGGAGAUUGUGCUUCACUGACAACUUUGUCAGAUGUAGAAUUGUUACAUCUCUUUACUUCGCUUAACCAGGGUGGAAACCAUGUUAAAAGGCUACCGCAUAGAUUGAAUGCUGACUCAUUGGCAACACUGUCCUUCAAAGCCUUUUCAGUCACUAUUCCAGGAAUGGAAAUACCAUCAUGGUCUGAGAACCAAAAAAGUGUUUCCCUGAAUAAGGAAUCUAAAAGAUCAAUAAUAAUUGACAUGCCUCCAUGUGAAUGGCUUGGAUUUGUGUUAUGCAUUGUGCUAGAAGAUGACAUGUUUUAUUCCACAGGGGCCAACCAAAAUCCCUUUGGGCUCUCUUUUUAUGCAAAAGCUUCUAAUGAUGAUAUCGUAUUCCUCCAAGGAAGGGAUCGAAAAUGUGAGAAGGGAAUAAGUUCUCCUCACUUGUGGAUCCUGUUUGGGCAAAUUGGAAAGCAAAGUGAUUUAUCAAUGAAUUACAGCCAGCUUCUCUUGAAAUUUGAAGCCCAAAAGAAUGAUGGACCAAGUUCCAUUAAGUGUGGGUGGCGAGUCAUUGAGAAAAUAGAUUUUGAAAACUUCCUUUCAAGUCUGCAAGAGCGCCAGGAUCAAGAAAAAACAAGGUGCUGUGAAGCUGAAGAUUCAGUGAGUGGGAGCCAUCGAGCCAUAGUCAAUGAACGUGAAACCGAGUCCCUAGAGCCUGCUUCUUCAUUCUUAGAAAAAGAAGGCGAUCUAUAUGAUUUGCAGAUUCAUUUUGAUAUUGACAAUGCAGGCUCCAGCCAAUGCAGACAUAGCCAUUGUGACUUUGCUCCAGCCAUUGCAGCUCCACCCACAGCCAUCCAUUCAUCAUCUUCAUCAACUUGCCAUCCACGUGAGAGUGUGCCUAGCCAGGUUGAUUUAGAGGAAGAUGAUGAGGCAGGAGUUACAAUCGAAUUAGAUUGGACAAGUGGUAGUGGUGACAAAGUAGAGAAGAGACAACUAGUGGGAGUGUUAAUAACAGAGGAAGCUUUGAACAAGCACAAAGUGAUGAGCAUGGUUGAACAGGCUUGGAAUUUGCUGAUAGAGGAGGUGGAUAUCUUGGAAUUAGGAGUUAAUUCAUAUAUGUUUACCUUUGGAAAGGAGGAUGAUUACUUUAGGGUGUUAAGAGGCAGACCUUGGUACAUCUCAGGAUGCCUACUCAAUAUCCAAGGAUGGACAGGGUAUAUGGUGCUAUCAGAUGGAAGAUUCAACAUGUCACCUUUCUGGGUACAAUUUCGUGAUGUGCCUGUAAAGGCUAUGACAGUGAAUAAUCUCAUAAAAAUAGGGAAAAAGAUGGGUGAGGUACUAAUGGUGGAAUGUCCUAUUGUUAAUGGAAGGAUUAUUAGGAGUUUUGCAAGGGCAAGGAUAAAUGUUGAUCUACGUCGUCCAUUAAUAACUGGGUUCUGGAUUCUAAGACCAGAGCUGCCAAAGCUAUGGAGCUCAGUGAGGUACGAAAGACUCGAGGGUCUUUGCUACAAGUGCGGAAUAAUAGGGCAUAGUUCAAGAACCUGUAAUUCCAAAAGGAAGAUGGCAGUGGUGGAUCCAGCAGAACCUAUGUAUGGUUUAUCGAUCAGUGUUGCUGCUGAGAGAAAUUGUGAUUAUGCUAUGCAUGUUUAUGAACAAGGGUGGUGUGAAGUUGGUGGGGAUGGUGAAAAAAAGAUGCAGUUGAACACUAAAAAUGCAAGACUUAGGCAUCAUGACUUUGCUCCUCUCAUUGCAAAUCCAGCCAUUACAGCACCACCAUCCACGGCCACCCAGUCGCCUUCUUCGUCGAACUGCCAUCCAUCUGAGAGUGUGACUACUCAGGAAGAAAGAAUUUUCCCUGAUGAUUCAAUUCAUGGCACACAAGUAUCUACCACAAAGCAGGAUCUUUCAUGGCGGAGAAAUCAUACACUUGCUGCUCGUCCUAUUUCCCAGGCUUACACAACAGACUCGGAAAAGACAAGUGCUGAGAAGAUACUUGAAGAACUCUUUCAAGUUUCAGACUUGGAAGACAUUCCAUUGCUGCAAAUUUAUGAUAUUCUCACCACUGAUGUAAACGAGUAUGAGUUAUUUAAGGCUCUUCCUAUGCGAUUAAGAAAACCUUGGAUUUUAAUGCAAAUCCAAAAAUAUUUUAGUUAAUCUGCAAUUUUUAUAAACCCUUGGAGACAAGUUCAUUGUGCUUUCUUAGCAUU